AUGUUGUUUACCAUUUUUGCUCCAGCACUUCUGCUGAGCACAGUUGCUUCAGCCCUUCCUGAAGUCAAGCGUGCUGUUACGCUUCCUCUUUCCACCAAAGGCCGCGACAUUGUCGAUGCUAAUGGCGAUGUUUUCUACUUUGCGUCAACAAACUGGCCUGGACACCAGGAGGUUAUGGUUCCUGAAGGUCUUCAGCACGCAUCAGUCAAGGACAUCGUUUCCUGGUUUCCAAAAUUCGGGUUGAAUUCUGUACGCUUGACCUUCGCCAUCGAAAUGGUGGACGACUAUGUCAACAAAAGUCCAAAUCAGACCCUGGAGAAGAGUUUUAUCAAUUCACUUGGCGAAGCAAACGGAACUGUAGUGCUCAACCAGAUCCUAGAGAAGAAUCCGGAGUUUACCAAAGAGACUACAAGACUGGAAGUAUGGGAUGCCGUAGCAAAAGAGCUUUCGAGCCAGGGCGUGAUCAUCCAUCUGGACAACCAUGUCAGUAAAGCAUUCUGGUGCUGUAGCGACAACGACGGUAAUGGAUGGUUUGGCGAAAAGUUUUUCGAUGUUGAAAAUUGGAAACGCGGCCUUGCGUUCAUGGCAACACACGCAAAGGAGAACUGGCCCACUUUUUCUUCUAUCGGUCUGCGCAACGAGCUCAGAAGCGCAACCAAUUCCGAGCCUGUCGAUUGGUACAUUUGGUACAUCCACAUGACCUCUGCAGCGAAAGCUGUGCAUGAGGCAGACCCCAACGCUUUGAUCUUCUUUUCCGGUCUCUCUUAUGAUACCUACAUCGAUCCAAUUCCACUCGGCAAGACUUUGAAUGGCACUGCUGGAAAGUCAACGGCCAACAAGACUGCGGUAUUCAAGCCUGAUGAUUUCGCGUUCAAGGACAAGAUCGUACUUGAAAUCCACAAGUAUGACUUCGAAGCAACCCAAGACGACUGUGAGACUUUCAAGAGCAAAUGGUACAAGAAGGGUUUCCAGAGCGUCAAUCCUAAUGAUCCAUCUACCAAGUACCUAUUUCCCGUGGUCAUUUCGGAGUGGGGGUUUCCUCACAACGGAACGUACUGGAAUCAGACCACAUACGCCAAGUGUCUGGUCGAGAUGGUGGAGGAAUACAAGGUCAGCUGGAUGCAUUGGGACAUCUCCGGUUCUUUCUAUCUGCAGACUCGCCCAGGUCGGAAGCCGCAGGAAAGCAUUCAAGGACUGGAGGAGUUGUGGGGUUUGCUGAACUACGACUGGUCAGCCAUACGUUCCUCCAUUACCCUCGAGAAUAGCUUGUACAAGAUGAUCGGUGCGCUAAGCUGA